UUUUCCUCCAAAGUAUGUUAUAUUAAGUUUCGUGAAGCAUCAAGUGUUGGUGUGGCCCAGCAUCUAACCAACACGGUUUUUAUUGACAGAGCUUUGAUAGUUGUGCCCUGUGCAGAAGGUUAGUAUUUCAGUCAUUCUUCUGUAAUGUUGGUCUUUGUCCUGUCUGCUCAUUGUUUUAAGCUUUCAAUGUGAGGAGGUGGUUCUCUGUUGUUACUUUUUUAAAAAUUUAUUUUAAUGUUGUUUGGGAGGAAAAAAAAAAAAAAGAUACAAAAUUGAUACAAAAAUGAAAAUAGAGUGAAGAAACAUAGUUACAGAGAUUUAAUUUAAAUUCAGCAUUAGAAAAAAAAAGAUCUGAUUUAAAUUAGAAUAAUUCAAUUUUCCAUUGUUGUUUCAUAUCUGGGAGGACACAAAGGUAAUUUUGUCCCCUUAAAGGUGAUUUUUAUCUUGGCAAGCUUAUUCCCACACAGAGUUCUCACUGAAGUCAAUGGAGCACUGAAUAUGUUAAGUAAUUUCCUUGCAAAGAUAACAUGGAAGUUUUGAUCUUAAUGUUUUAUUUUUGGUCUGUGGGUUGUUCUUGUUGUUGUUGUUAUUUUUUCAGUUUUUUGUUUUGAUUAUAUGGAUUAUUAUUAUUUUUUACCAAAUCCAAAUUUGUCUUGUUGACAUGCACUGUAUGUGUUUGGCCAUUUUAGAUUUAUAUAACUUAAAAUAGUUUGUGUUCAUGGUGAUAAUUACUGUUUGAUGUUUACCUCCUAGUGUAAUGAAAAGUUUCCAGUUUUCCCUUCUUGUUACUGUUGAAAUUUAUACUUUGUUUGCAAUAAUAAGACUUUCCUGUACACUGUACUCCUUAUGAUUUUAGGCACCUUUUUGAAAAAUGCAGUUACCUGCAUAGAAUGCUUCCAGAGUAAAGUAUUUUUAUAACUCUUAGUAAAGAUAUUUGGUAAAUAGUAAUUUUACAGCUGUUCCCUUAAGUAAUGCUGAGGCCAUACUUUUGCAGAUGUGUAGAAUGUGAGGGAAUUCUUACUGUUAGUAUGCCAAGUCUGAAUACAGUCCUAUGAAGCACGGCCCUACUGUUGCUGAAUUCUGUGUAGACAAAUAACUGGAGUUUGGCAGAGCCCCAUUGACUUCACUGUGAUCCUUGUGGAAGCGAGCAUAGGCCCACUUGGGUCUAGAAGACUUUUUACCUCACUGGAGUAGAAACAUUCCAGACGAUGAAGUGAAGCUUCCUUCACUUUAAGUAUAGUAGCUACUUUGCCAUGAAAAAAAGAACCUUUAGUGAUUGAACCAUAAACUGCUGCAAAUUUGGAAGUACUUGCCAUUAGCAUGAGUCAGGAUUUUUUUUUUUAAAAAAGCUGUUGACUUCUUGGAGUUUGUUAAUAGUGGUCUCAGAGUACCGUUUUCCCCCAGUCUUAAUACAUGGUGAUCUGAAUAGCAUAAGGUUAGUGCUGCAGUGGUCACGGUCUGAGACGUUCCUAGCAAACUCUGGCAAGUCUACAAAAUGCCUUGAACUCUAAAGCUACUCUGAGAUUGUAGUGAUCUGUAAGACACUGCAUAUUCUCAUUUAGUACGAGCACGUAUUUUUUGACUUUCUGAAGCCUAGAUUUUUAGUUUUUUCUUAUGCCUUGCUUUGUGGCAUUUUUUGGUGUUAUUCUUUGAACUUAUUCUUAAACUGCAAAGAGGAUAUUGCCCUAUCCACUUAAAAUUUUGGGUAGGCAAAAUGCAUGAAACAAGAGCCCCGGUUGUUAAAAAAUUGCCCCUGAAUAGUUGCCUGUAGCUUAUUCAGGACUGUAGUUUUAUGUUUCAUCCAAAAGACCUUAACACUGGUUCAGUACUGCCAGAGAGGGAAGAUUGUCGCCAAAUGAAUGAACAGCACUUCCUGGUGUUUUUCUUGUGAUGAGAUCACUGCCUGACGUGGUAUGGCAACAGGCAGGUAAAGCUACAUUUUCCUGUGUCUCUUGAUGGUAGACAGUGAGUGGAAGGAGAAUGAAAUGAAAGUUCUGAAAAAUCUUGUUCUGGCCCCGUUUGCAGCUGACUUAGUGGGCGUUUCUGAGAAAGUGUAUCACACAUAAAUUAUCAUUGUUCCAAAUCAUUCCAAAUCUUGCAGGGGUUUGUGCAUAAUUUAGUGAACUAGUGAUUGGGUUGCAAGGAAAAUUUUUUUAAUGGUAAUAAUGCUGUUUCCAUGUAACUUUCUCUAGGGUCAUUGAUUUUAAUUUAUGAAAAUGUGAAUUCAUACAGAUUUAACUUCCUGAGGAGUUUAUUGUGUGGGGUAGAUAUGGUUCUGGAGAAUACAGGACAACAUUUUUGAUUCAUGAUGUGUGAUAGGAUGCAUUGGUAAUGGAGUCAGUGGAGUGUAUCGCAAGUUUUAAAAGUAGUAAUGGCUAUAUUUUACCAUUAUAUUGUUAAAUUAUAUUGUUAGCUAAUGGUGACAAGAGUGAAAUGUUUAAUGCGCCGAAUUGAAUGUAGGCGAGAUGUAGAAUGAAACUCUGAAAAUUUGGUUUUAAAAACCAGAAUAAAAUCUGAUUUGGAGUGUAUUUUAAGAAUGUUAAAUCAAGGGGGCAUGAGGACAGGGAUGCAAUGAAAUCAAUGUUAAUUUUGUGACAUUUAAUAAACAGUGUUACAAAAAAAAAAUGAAGUAACUUUAUCAAGCUGUCAAAAUGUGACUUUCUUUCGUGUGUAUGAGUAGCUUUUUCUUAAAUGUUACACUUUGAGAAUGCAAAGGUUGAAAGAUAACAAAGAUGCCACCCUAAUCAUUCUAAAUUUUAUGUCCACAUUAUCUGGUAGAUGGAUUUUGACUAUUAAUUUGGUUUUGUAUGUUUUCUCUGUGUGAUAUUUGUGCAUUAUUAGAUGACUAGACUGGCCAAGGCAGACCUGUUACACUUGCCUGAGUUAGGCAUUGUUUGCCAUGCCACUAAACCUGCCGUCAAGUGAAACCUUCAUGGGGGAAAUGAGAUCGAAGUCUGGCCUGCUGAAGAUGGACGCCCUGUCUCUGUUUUUAUUUUAUUUUGCUUUCUUUCCUUUGUUUUUUUGUUUUAUUAUUAUUAUUAUUAUUAUUUUGUUUUAUUUUAUUUUCAUUUUAUUUUGUCCCUUUUUGUUUUGUUACAUCUCUUUCCCUUGUACUUGUGAACUGGUACCUCAGUUCUGUAAAAAUGGUGUUUUGUAAAGGGUUCACGGUGUUUCAUUUUGAAGUUUGACCUGAAGCUGCUUAUGAAUGGUGGAUGGUAUCCGGCAAAGUGUGACUAGUUGAGUUUUAUGCUGCAAAUUUUGGAUAAAUUCCAUUUGGAGUACAUUUAAGCAUCUGAAUUCAGCAGAUGAGCACUCUGGGACAGAAGACUGGAAUAGUGAAAAACAAGAGUUUUAAGAUGCAUUCUUUCAUAUGUUAUGCUUUAUGAUUUCCUCUUGGAACAGACAGUUAAAAAUCUUGCUUUCUGGAGGCACUAACUUUACAGAAUACAUUGAUAAUCUUUCUCUGCUGUUUGUCCCUCUUCUUAGCAGAGUAGUUUUAUUUAGAUUGCAUGGUCUGUUUAAAAGAAGGCUUUCCAUUUAUGUCUAACAUAAAGACUUUAUAAUAAUUAUUUCUGAAAUUGAAAUUUCAUGGAUAUCGAAUGUCUUGAAAUACUUGCUUCUGAUGAAAUCUUGCUCCAGUGAAGUCAGUGGCAGUAAAAUGUCAUCCUCAGAAAAACUGUUUACCACUCAUAAGUACAAAAGCAGCCUGAGUUUUUGAUUAGAAUGUGUUAUGUGAGGCACAUUGUCUUUUAAAACUGUUGUUUGUGGGAGGACUGAAUCAGUUCUGUAUGCGUGUGUUUGUAUGUGUGUAUUGCACUUACAUAUGCUUCACUGGUUGUUACCUGAAGAAGACAUUUUAUUUUUUUAAAAGUUCUCAGUCAUUGCACAAGCCCUGGCAGUUGGUGCUGGAGUGAUUGAGAAGGUUGUCAUCUCUAGGUGAUGUUCUUUCUUCUUCCAUUGAAAUGGAACCACUGAAGCAGAAACGGUGGGCCAGGAGGUUUGUGUCUCAUCCUCAGGCAUUGCUCUUCUCAGCUAAGUGCGUUAAUACCAAUUGGUUUCACUUGGGUAAUGCACCAAGCUGUGAACUGGGAUGAGCUUUGCUUCAUGAUCUCUCUUGGAUUUAUUUGUGGCAGUUGAGGUAAUUGCCAGUAAUUUUAAUCUCUUUAAUUACUGCUGCUAAAUCCAAUAAGAGUCAUGAACUGGAUCACAUGGAAGUUACUUUGAAGUGCAUUGGCCACUGACUUAACAUGGCAGGAAAAUAACGACCUGUUUUAAAUUAUGUUUGAAGUAGAUGUGAGCAGAAGAUGUCUUUAAAACAAACCUACUGCUGAGGCUAUUCUACAGUGAGGAUUAAGCACAUAGUUUAAGUAUGGAGAACGGGAAAUUAUUUUCUGCUGCACACUUGGAAGGAAAAAAAAAAAGUUAGAUUUACUACCUCCUUAACACAAACAUUUCUCUGGAGCACUUAGCAAAAUGGUUGCUGGUAUGAACCAGGUUGGCUAAGUGAUACAAGAUAGUAACAAUUACAACAUGUAUGUAGAACAAGACCCCUGUGCUGAAAGGAAGCCUGAGAUACCUCUGAGCAGCGUGGAGCCAAUCUACGUUUACUUCCAGAUCACAUUGCAGAGCAGAGAGGAAUGAAGUAAAUGAUCACAGAAUCUAUUAUUUACUGAACAGUCAAAAGCAUCCAAGAAAUAUUUCUGCAGAUAUGAUAUAUGUGUGACAUAUUUAUCUGUUUCUGUUAUUAGAAAGUAAAUAUUUUUAGCUCAUUUCCAUUUAGCUUGAGUUUCAAAGCAUGAGUUUUAAAACCAAAUCGGUUAUCUCAAACAGUUUUGAAAGUUUCCUAACUUGAAUUUUUGCAAGCCACAUGUUAUGUAUCUUUGUGGGCUCAUAUUCUCUUACUAAUAAAUUUAUAGAGAUUAAGCUCCAAAACAUAAAGGCUGUUUUUAAGUUACAUAAGCCUCACAUAUUGAUUUGUUCAGGAAGAUAGAUUUGCCCCCAGUUUAUUUUCUAUGAAGUUGAUUUAAAGAUUGAACUGCUCUUAAAAGCUGGAGGAAGAAUCUGUGAAAAGGCAGUAGUUCUGGGGGAGAAAAAAAAAAAAAGGCAUGGAAGAUCUUUUUAUAGUGUGGAACUGACCAAAUGGAGUUUCUAUUAAAACAAAACACUACGUUGUUAGGCACCCUAGUUAUUCUGGAGAUAACGCUGCUAGUUUGUUAUUAUUUAGACAUGUGUGCUCUUCUUUCUUUGAACUUCUUUUAUAGGUGGCUUAACUGAAAGUGCUCACCUGAUUCUUUAAGCAGUGUUUGAGCAAAUGAGUAAUUCGUAUUAUUUCAGUAAGAUGGCCCGUGUGCUUAAAAUUUAGGCUCAUAUUUAGUUCUCUGAAUUUAACUCACUGUCUGUUAAUUGUGUGCCUAACUCCAUUCCUGUUUCAAAGGGCUAAAUGCCUUAAGCAUCUGAAAAAUUUAUCUGGUUAACUGUGUAUUGUAUUGGCUGUAUGUAAGUGCAUACUUAAAUUAGGCAUAUGCUUAUGUAUGUUGCUGGCCAAGGAUCAAAAGAGCGCAGACACGCAGACCAUUAUAGAAGGCUUUUUUGUCACUGAAUUUACUUGAUCCACAUAUGUAGAUUCUGUGGAAACCUGCAUGAGGAUUAAUUGCAAGAAGCUGGCUAUUCAUGAAGACAUCUGGUAGUUAAUGGCCUAGUUCAUCAAUCAUCUGAAAGCACUUCAGUACUUUGAUUUUCAGAAGAACUGGUAUAUAACUGUAUGCCUAAUUUGCAUGCACAGUUAGUAGAACUGUAUACUUGAAAGCCUGUUUAGUUAGCUAUGUAGUAGGCAGGACAUGCAGCGAAGUACCCGAUUCUUGUGAGCAGUCAGGCAGAUCAGGUGCACCUCUCCUUGCAUGCCUGACUUCAUGAUGAGUUUGUGCUGAACAUUGUGAUGACUCAGAUUCAUGCAUGUUUUUUAAAAAGCCCUGGAAGACGUUAUUGCACAGUUAAUUCUUGAGUGCUAAUUAUUUUCCUAUUUUUCUCCUUUAGAUAGAAAAAUCAAGUGGUUUGUUACAUGUUAAGGAGCAAGGUGCCUCAAAACUAAACAUAAAUAAAAUAAUGUAAAUAGGAGGCUUGAGAGAAAAAUGGGUACUGUUGUUUUAUCUUUUCUAUUCAUGUAUGCUACAUAUAAAUUAAUUUUCAUUCAGAUAUGUUUUGUUUUUUGGUCACAUCCAGUUGUAACCCAGUCCCUGCUGCAGAUCUGUAGUACUGGUUUGCAAUACUUUUUUUUUGUCUUUAUUUUUUUAAAAGUAGUAUAAUUCCUGUAGGUUUUAUUGAAACUCAUAAACAGUUAAAACUACAGUGUUUUGAAACUUACCUAGCAUUUUGUAUUUUUAUUGAAGUUAGAGGUUAACAGAUAAAACAUAGAUAGUUUUAUUCAAAGAAAAGUGCUGUGGAUACUUGGACUAUUAAAAAAAUGUUUAAAUAAAAACUUUAUUAAAAUGCCUGUGGUAAUAACAAAGGGCUCAGUAGUUAGCAUAUAUAGAAUUAUGCCAGGAGUUUUGGAAACAGAAUUGAUACCAGGUAUAAGUAGAAGUUGCUGCUGUAGGUUUUUUCUUUUGCGUGCUUAGUGUUUGUUCUAGUUUAGACCCCUUGGCAUUUCAAAUCUAAUAGACACAUUUAAUUGUCUUAUCUAUUACAUUACAAUUAAUCUAGCUAGCUAGCUAUAUAUACAACUUCUAAUUUUUGAAGAUUUUAUGGAGUUAAUUUAGCAGUCUUACUGUAAGUAAAUUUGAAUGAAACCUGUGUUUUAAGACAGAUUACUUACUAUUUAAACUGUUAGCAUAAUAGGGAGAAUGUAAUGUGGUUGAAAUGGUACAAAAUACAUAGUUUAGGAAAAUAUGGAUUGCUCAGCUGAUCAGUUAGGAUUUUCUUCAACGUCAUUAAACUUACAGCUAAUUCAUGAAAUUUUCAGAUAAACUGAGAUGACUUAGAAUGUAAGACAGUACAAAUCUAGAUUUUUCUUCCUUCCCAUACCCCCAAGUUCACUUGCAAUGUGUAUUGAAUCACAGGAGCUUUUAUUUAAUUUUUAUUUAUUUUUACAUCAAAAGUAGGUAGCAUCAAAGUAGAGAAAAAAGCACAAAUUUCAGUUAGCUCAUACAUGUUUUUUCUUUUUUUUUUCUUUUACUGAUUUGGUUAUUUGCCAUUUCUGGGGAUUAAACUUUAAAAAAUGUUCUUCUUUUCUGUAUCUGAUGUUCUGUGUGCUAUUAGUGAUGCAGCCAACACGAACGGUUGUCAUGUGUAAAACAACUUUCGAUCACCGUGAAAGCACCGCCCUGGGAAAGCGUCCAUGCUUGAUAUCGUUUGGUUCAUGAACAUUAAGUUUCCAGUACAGGUAAAAUCCCAGAUGAAGCCAAAGCCCUUUCUCUAUUGGCGCCUGCUCCUACUAUGACAAGCCUGAUGCCUGGUGCAGGGUUGCUUCCAAUACCUACACCAACGCCUUUAACAACACUUGGUGUUUCACUUGGCACUUUGGGAGCAAUACCAGCAGCAGCAUUGGACCCUAACAUUACUGCACUGGGAGAAAUACCCCAGCCACCAAUAAUGGGGAAUGUGGACCCAUCCAAAAUUGAUGAAAUCAGGAGAACAGUAUAUGUUGGAAACUUGAAUUCACAGACCACAACAGCUGAUCAGCUGCUUGAAUUCUUUAAGCAAGUUGGAGAAGUCAAAUUUGUGCGAAUGGCAGGUGAUGAGACUCAACCAACACGAUUUGCUUUUGUGGAAUUUGCAGACCAAAAUUCUGUACCUCGAGCUCUUGCCUUUAAUGGAGUUAUGUUUGGAGACAGGCCACUAAAAAUAAAUCACUCCAAUAAUGCAAUAGUGAAGCCUCCUGAAAUGACACCACAGGCUGCUGCCAAGGAACUGGAAGAAGUGAUGAAGAGAGUAAGGGAAGCUCAGUCUUUCAUAUCUGCUGCUAUUGAGCCAGAGUCUGGAAAGAGCAGUGAAAGAAAAGGCGGUCGAUCUCGUUCCCAUUCUCGUUCAGAAUCCAGGUCUAGCUCAAAAUCCCGAUCUAGAAGGAAAAGAUCACAUUCAAAACACAGAAGUCGGUCUGGCAACAGAUCGCUCUCAAGACACAAGGACAGGCGCAGAUCCAGAAGUCCCCUGAAAAAACGAUCUAGAUCUAAGGAAAGGCGGAAAUCAAGGAGUCGGUCUCGCUCUCGGGACAAGAAAAGAGACAAGGAAAAGGUCAAGGAAAAAGAAAAGACCAAAGAAAAGGAGAGAGACCGAGACAAGGAGAAGGAAAGAGACCGGGAUAGAGACAAAGAAAGGGAAAGAGAGAGAGAUAAAGAGAGAAACAGGGAUAAGGACAGGGAUAAAGACAAAGAUCGAAACAAAGAUCGGGAGAGAGUCAAAGAUAGGGAUAGAGACAGGGACAAGGAAAGGGAAAAGGAGAAAGAUGAAAAGGAAGAAGACAGGGAAGAUGUAGAUCAGAACAAAGAAAAAGAUGAUGACAAAGAUGGGGAGAAAGAUAGAGAGAAGAUGAAGGAUAGGGAGGGAGAUAAGGACAAGGGAGGGGACAAAGAGAAAGAAAGAGAAAAAGAAAAGGAAAGAGAUGGGGAUAAGGAGAGGGAGCGAGAAAAAGAGAGAGAUGAUAAAAAGAAGAAAGAUAAGAGAUCCAGAACUCCCCCAAGAAGCUAUAGCUCUUCAAGAAGAUCGCGUAGCUCCAGCAGAGAAAGGCGUAAGAGGAAGAGUAGAAGUCUUUCUAAGUCUCCUAAAACAUCCAAAGGAACAAAAAGAAAGUCUUCACGAACUCCUUCUCCAAGAAGAAACAAGAAAGAGAAAAAAAGAGAACGAGAUACAUAUAAUGAAGGAAGAGAAAGAGAACGCUCCACCUCCAAGAAAAAAAGUAGUAAAGAGAAAGAGGGAAGGGAGAAAUCUGACAAAAGCACCACUACUUUGAAGGACAAAGAUCACGCUAAAGAGGAUCAGAAUUCAGAAACUGACAAAGAUGUUGACAACAGAGAUACACAAAGGACAGAUGAAGUCAAACUUCAGCAGAAUGGAAACUGUCAACCAAACGAAGAUAACCUCUCAAUUAAAAUGGAAGAGGUUUAAAGCAAAGAAUCAACCUCUGUCUCAACUAAGGAAUGAAAUCCAAAGCUUAUUCCCAGAAUGAGGAAGAAAACGUCAAAGCAAUCAACCUGACCAUGUUGAUAGCACUAACAGCUCUUUCAAUUCUUGUGAUAGCUUUGUUGUCUUCUUGCUGUAAAGCAGGAAAGCACAGACCAGUAGUUAUACCAUGCAAAAGCAUAUGUCAUCAGAGCUAUUCAUCUCUGAAACUCCAUGCAUUUCCAUGAUGGCUGUACUUAUAGGUAAAAUGAUUUAUGUUAAGUUUAGCCAUAGGCUGUUAAAUAGGAACUGAAAGAAGUAAACCUUUACUACCCCUAAAAAAAAAAAAAAAGCAAAAAAAAAAAAAAGCUGAAGAUAAACAUUGAAAGUUGUUUUAAAAUGUUGCUUGUUGAUGAAUUUUGUGUUAUUUUACUUUGUGGGUUAAGAAGUCCACAGAAACUUCAGUGUGUACUUUUUUAUGUGCUUGGAAGUGGUGCAUAAAUGUACACACUUUCUUUUGGUGUAAAUGACAGCUGUUGGAAAAGUUUUUAUGGUUCUUAUGAUAUAUGCCCAAUGACUAGUAUGUUCUUCAUUUGCUCACUGCUUGAGGUUUGUGGGUUUUAUUAUCUAAAAUAAUUUCUUACCAAUAUCCCUAAACUCAGUAUUUGCUUAAAGUAUUUGAACAAUGCAUGCUACUUUUCUGUUCCUAAAAGGAACAUUGCCAUGUAUGAUGAUAACAGGUUAGCUUGUUGAGUUAUUUUCAGGUUGUUUUGUUUUGUUGUUCUCUUCUGUUCCACAACUGAGCACAUCUGUAUAUUAGGAGAACUUAACAGCUUUGUUUUUUUGACAUGUACUGCAGUAUGUCUGUUCAGCUGCAAAUGGUACAGGUGCCAUUAUGAAAUUAAAUUUUUUCUUACUUGUUUAAAAAAUUUGAGAGCACAAGCAUAAGCUUUAGUGCCUUCUUAAAAUGUGGUAUUUUCAAGAAAUAUGUAUGUGCUAUAACAUUUUCAGCUAAAUCUUGCAUCAUCUCUAUUGCUGUUUUGCCACUACCAUACUACAGACAAGAGUGCAAGUAAUUUUUCAGAAUGGAUGUUCAGUUCACUUAUUUAAGUAGAACAGGUCCAUUUUUACAAUUAUUUUUUAUUUUCAGAAAAGAUAGAGUAAAUGUAAUGAUGCAUUUUGGGGACCACCACUGUACAAAGAUAGUAGCUGAAUACAGCGUAUUUUCUGAACACCUGCAUCACAGGCAGCCCUUAAGAUACUAAUUACAUUUGGAUGGCCUUAACAGUUACCUCUCCAUCCUUUUCUCUGAUAUCCAUCAGGUGUUGUACAACGAAUUUAAUGCAGAGCUGGGGGUGGAAAAUACUUGGGGAAGAAAUGUUCUAAUUUACAUAGGAGUUAUAUGUUAGAUAAUCUUUUUUCAUUCUUUGGUGAGAAAGCAUGUAAGAAGCAAAUGACAAAGCCGGUAUUUUUUUCAAGUAAAACCAUAAUUUGUGCCGUCUGAGCUAAUGUAACCAGUUUCAUUGUUGUGAGAUUUUUUAAGAGUCAUAUUUACAAACUUACUUAUACCUAAAAUCAGGUAGAUUAUACACCUUAUUACAAUCAAAUGAAUUAAUUGCCUUACCUCAUGGAAGGAGUUUCAUUCAGUUAGAAAUUAAAAAAGGCUUAAUAGGAUACUAGCAGUUUGCCUUCAAUUUCCUUUUCUUUUGCAUAGUUAAUUCUUAUGAAAAUAAUUUUUAAAAAGCAUAAUACAGGGAACGAAAAAUUUGUCCAAUUCCUAAGGUAAUGAAACCUAAUUUGAUUGUGAAGCUGCUUAAUCACUUGUCAUUUUUGAUAGGAUUUAGUGUUCUUCCCACUGUGUACAUUUAAGACUAUAGAAAAUGCUUUACCAUGUAAAGUAUAGACAGUCAUUUUUGUGAUGUUUAAGCCACGUGCUGAUGGUUGGUUAACAGCUUACCCUGAUAAAAGAAUGACAAAUCUGUACGCUUAAAGGAAGGUUGUGAAGGAUUGUGUCUUGCAGCGACAGCUGUCUUAUUUAUGAUGUGUAAGUAGCGUAGAGCAAAGAGUUUGUUUGUGUACUUGUUAUCUUUGUUACCAUUUCACUAAUAAAAUUAAGUAUUUUAGAGGGAAGUUUCUGCUGUUACAGACUUAUUAAGGAAACAUUUUGGUUGGUCAUCAGGUUUUAUUCAGGCAGCUUUUUUUUUAAUUUGAAAUGUGGAUGCAAGUUAAAAUACACCUGUAUUAUUUAUAAUAUCUAGGAAAAGAUAAUUUACUCCUUCUCUGGAAGAAAUUAGAGUUCUCAUAGUACAUCAUAUUUCAGUUCAUCUUAGUUUGAUUUUCUUAGUUUUGUAAUCCUGAAUUCGCAUAGUUCAGAAUGUGUACAUGGUUGUGCACAGUUAGUGAAGAAAAAUGACUUGGAAAAUUCAUAGGUAACAAUGGCAGCAUUAAUAGCUAAUAUAUCAUAUAUAUGCAGCAUAUGAAGAUAGAUUUUAUGUGAGUUAAUAUUCCCUUUUAAAAAAGCUUUGAGAAAGGAGGGGGAAAAAAAAGAAUAUACACCAAAUACACACAUUUCCUCCUUCCAAACUGUGUUUUCUUACAAAUACUGUAUUUUCUGUUCUGCCUUGUAGUACUUUGUAGUUCUGUGAUGAUAGUUUUAUCUCUUUGUAUUAGGUGUUUAAUGGUUCUCUUCUUUGUUUAAAAAAAAAGAAAAAAAAAGCCACCAUUAGAUGAUUAAUGUUUUGUAAAACACCCAUCACCACAGAGGGCAGAUCAUUUUUAAACCAGUACUGGAACAGUACCUCCUUGCUCUGCCACGUUUGUGUGUUUGACCCAUUAAGUGUGACUGUCUUCUAGUGGAAGUCCAUGCCUUGAUCGUAUUGGAUUUGCAUGCUGAGCUGCUGUGUCAGUAGUUUGCUUUUGCACUUCUAUGAGUUGAUAAAACUAAAUGAUGGUUUUGAGAACAGUGUAGUUUGUGGUAGCUGUAUUGUUUUAGGUGUAAUUUCAUUUAACUUGGCCUUUGGAUUCUGCCUACACAUUAGUUGCCUGGUUUUUUUUUUUGUUGGUUUUUUUUUUUUUUUUUUUUUAAAUGUCAAUUUCAGAUAGGUACAACUGAAUUAGCUUUAGUUAACCAGCUGGCUAACAGCAUCAACCUAGGCACAGCCUGGUUUAUGUGAUGAGUUGACCAUUUGAGUGGUUUACUCCUCUGCUGAAGUAAAUUCUGCAGUCUGUAUCAUGCUCUGUGUUGCUUGCAAUUUGUUUGCUGGUGUUUUCCAGCCUAGGUAUGUGUAAGGCAAUAAAUUUAAUUUUGAAUUCUACUGAUCUGUUUGCUAAUGGUAGCUUCUCUGGUUUGCCUUCAGUUUGUAAUAAUUAUAUUUAGGAAUUUCUGUGAUACUCUUUUGGUCUAAUCAAGAGGUAAAAAAAGUAAAGGCUGCCUUGUAUGACAAAUUCUUACAUGCUGCAUACAAGUUUCUGUUACUAUUUUCAGUUACUCUUUUUAACAUUAUAAUCACUGAAAGCAGUAAUGCCCUAGUGGUAUGUAUAUUCUUUACUCUUAAAACUGAAGCAUCUCUGUAUCACUCUCUUUUUGUAAGUUUGUAAUGAAACAUGCAUUUUAAUUUUGCAAGCCAUUCACUUAAAGGAAAAAAUAAAAGACAAAUCAUCUUGUUUCAGUGUGAAAGUGGAAUUCUGAGAGUAAAACAAUUUCUAAGUACAUAAGUUCAGCACAGUGAAGUAUACUGCAAAUUGGGGCAUGCAAUGCCUCCAGUUUGACACCUGAUGAUACUUCAGGUUUUAUAUAAAUGAAUGAAUUACUGUUUUUGGUGUUGUCGUCAUUUUAAAAGCAAGGUUUGGAUGUAGUGACACAAAUACUGAGAGCUGUAAGUGACUAAACUAAUGUAAACCUGUAGAUGAUUAGUUCAGAGAGGUCUAGUUUUCUCACCAGCAGAUAGAGUGCGGAUAGGUGAAAUUCAUAGAUAUUCUUAAUGUUAUUACAACCUGAAAUUUGAUUUUGUUUGCUAAUGUCUAAACAGGAAACUUUCCAGCCUGUAUGUGAAGUUUAUUUUUUAUAUGGUGAAAAGUGUAAUUAAAGUAAUACUGAAAGCAUUGUAUAAAAGGGAUUUCUUUUGCCUAAUGUCAGAUAAAUUCAGUUGUGUUUAAUUUUAAACUCCUUGACAGUGUCUCUGUAUGUAGUAUUUAUUUUCAUUUAAGAUUCAGGAAUGCUUCAUGUAUAGGUGAGCCACAUCAUGGGAUCUGAGCACAUUAGUCUGGAUUUUUCUCAGUAGUCGCUUCAGUGUAAAACAGCUUGAGGCAGUUGUCUGAUGAUACAUCCAUACAGCUCCUUUGCCCAUGUCUGAGAGCAGUUCUCUUAAGGCUUCAGUUCUGUACUUUUUGAGUAAAUUAAGCCAUUGAGGAUCUAUUUAUGAAUUCCAGUUUUCAAGAUGUUUUCAGAAACCAAGAACUCUAAGAAAAAUUUGUCGUAGCUGUUUUUCAAUUUUUGAGAUUAGUACAGGAGUACACUGAAGUAAAAAUGAGAUUUAGCGGUUUAUUUUCUUGUGGAGAGCUGCAGUUUACACGUUUGGAUUCACAGCAUUUUUUUUUUCUUUUUUUUUUUUUUUUUUUACUAUAAGAUAAACAAGUGCCAAACUUGAUGAAAGGCUUAAGAUUGGAGUACAAAAUAUGUUCUGUACUAACUGUGCAAAGGAGAUUUUCUCACAUAGAGGUUAUCUGUCUUUCUUGGUCAGAAAGACUUUUUAUCAGCAGUGGAAAAAGUCAUUUGUUCUUACUGUCAUUCAGUCCUUGAUGUUCUUAGCUGAGUUAAGUAGCUCUUAUAAUGCAGAUAUUAGUGUGCUAGGUAGCAAACUGUAACUAUUCCUAAAGGAUAUUUUAAUCUAAUGACUAUAGUAGUAUUUUAGUUUUGAACUAUUGAGAAGGUUAAUACAUUGAUAUAAUAACUCAGAUCUGCUUCAGCAGAUCUGUUAUUUACAGUAGAAUUAUGCAAAUGUACUUUUUGUGUUCUUUGAUAGUUAAAUGUCAAAUAUAUUUAGGGAGUGAUAAGGGGAUAAAGGUAAUGACAGGAAGCAAGCAGAUUUCUUAGAAGAGUAAGUUGCUGUACUAAGUAAAACUUUUAGCACAAAGAUUUAAAACUGCUGCUACAGUGAUGCGUACAUCAUGGUCUACUUAGAAGCUAGUGCUUCAUAUAUACGUAAAUUUCAUAAUAAUUUGAUUAAAGGAGUGAGUGAUCUGCUCUAGGAACAUCAGGAAAGGAAUUUAACCUGCAGAGUUAAUGUAGCUUAUCAGUAGAUCAUUUCUGGUGUUUUUCUCAGUGAUACAGGAGCCAUGGUAAGUUUGUUCUACACAGCAUGAAUCACAACCUGUGCUCAAAUGUGCCUGGGUAUCCUGUACACUACAGCAGCAAAAAUAUUACUGCCCCUCCUCUAAAUCAGAUGUUUUGUUAGUAAAGGAGGCCUUUUAAGUUUAAUAAAUGUAUAUCCAAGCUUGUUCCGUGUUAGUAGAAUAUAUUUUUGCAUUAUUGAAGCAACUAUGAAAUGGUACUAGUAAAGAAAUGUCAACUGCUGCUAUUACGUUGUUAUUUUUGUGAAUAAACUAUGUCCCAAAGCA